AUGCUGAACUCAACAACGAUUCAACGGAAUAUUGUAACCUAUUAUAAUGUUGAUAGUUUUCCAUUAUCAUAUGAAGACAAUGAUUUCGGUUCAUCAUCGCUAUCAUUAAAUCACUCUUACUAUGAUGAAUUUCUAUUACGUUUAAAUCAUACAUUAAAUAAAACAGAUUCGUCAUCGGUAUUAUCUUUAUCAAGUCCAAUAACAUAUAUUAUUCUCAUUGUAGUUUCAUAUUUGAUAUUAACGGUUAUCAUACUUGCAUUCAGUUUAUAUCGACAACGUCGAGCCGAAAUCGAGAAUUUUUAUUUUGGAGAUACAGAUGAAGAUAUUGCACAAGAAAGACGUUAUAUAUCAUGGAAAAAAUUCUUAAUUGAAAAAGUUGAAAAAGGUGAUAUGGAACCUUUGUUGUCUGAUGGAAAUAACCAAGAAAUAAAAACAGCAACAUUUCCAUUGCACAUCGUGUAA